AUGUCACAAAUAUGGGGAAGGGGACAUCUCUCGAAGGAUUGUCUACAAGGGGGCGGUGGUGGAAGUCGUGCCUGCCAUGAGUGUCAUGAAGCUGGCCACACCUCGAAAGGCUGCCCUAAUCUAUUCAGUGAAUUGACGGAAGAUGGAAAGCCGCGUGAGCAAUACAUUCUGGAAGCUGUGAUAUACGAUGAAAAGGAACUGAAUAAGGGCAUCAUCUGUGGGGAACGCUUUAACAAUUUUGUUAAAGUUGUCCUUCAGAUUACAGGAAAAGAUGUACCUCAAUACUUAACACCAUUCGAAGAAGCCGGCCUGUGUCAACUACUAAACCAACACCUGUUCAGAAAGCUUCAGUUGCAGGCGUCGUACUUGGUACCGGUUUUGAACAUAUUGUUAGAACAAGGUGUUGCUGGUGCGUCUCAUGCCAUGGGGCAAAAGCCAGAAGUUGUAAUUGUCGCACCCACUCGUGAAUUGGCCAUUCAAAUUCACCGCGAAGCGUGUAAAUUCUCCUGCAGUUCAGUUUUAAAGUUUGUGAUUAUAUAUGGAGGAACUGUCACGAGCCAUCAACGGUCAAAUCUUCAAGCUGGGUGCAAUAUUCUUGUCGCGACCGCGGGGCGAUUCAAGGAUUUUCUCGACGGUGGAGUAUUUGACUUCUCAGGGGUCAGGUUUUAAAUUUUGGACGAAGCUGAUCGAAUUGUCAACCAUCCAACGGUGAAUCCGAAAGGAAUCCGUCGUGUUGUAUAUUUUCGGCUACAUUCCCAGAUGAAGUAGAAGCGCUGGCUGCGACGUACAUGGAAGACUACAUCUUCGUCACAACAGGCAUUGUCGAUGGCACCAAUCCGGAUGUUGAACAGUGGUUUUUUCAGUGCUCGAAAAGAGAUAAGAGAGCUAAACUGAUCGAAGUUUUACAAGAUCUCGGUGAUGCCAAGACUAUCGUUUUUGUCGACAGCAAAAAGACGGCGGAUUUCGUCGCUGCAUUCUCGUGCAAUGACAACUUACAAUCUACCAGCAUCCAUGGUGAGCGUCAACGAAAAUCGUAAAUGUCUCUUCCGAAGCGUCUGUCAGAAAAAUAUACUAGCAAUCAACUCACGAAUCAUAUGAACAAUAAAAGCCGAUGUCGAGGUGACGAAGAAAACAACACGUCGAGGUGCUGUCAAACGUGUCUCCGUUCCGGAGAAGGAAGCGCCGGAAGGCAAAAGGCGUCGUGGUGAAACGAAAGCCAAUAAAUACGUUGCUG